UUCUUAAAAGGAAAAAGUAGUAUGGUAGGCUAGGUUGGUCGUUCACAAAAUUGGCAUAGUUUUUAGCAAGCAAAACCUUGGUGUUUUGUUAUGUUAUGAAAACUACCUUGUUAUAUAAAUACUUGCUCCAAUCAUAGCCAAUUUCAUUUACAAGCUUCUGUAAAAAUGGCGUUAACAAGGAUACUCGGACUCUCUGUUUUAGCUGCAGCUCUGAUUCCCAUCUCUGUUUUUGGCAGCAUAUCAGAGAAUGCAGUUGAAGAUGAGCCUGAAACGGGCCACAAAUUUCACGACCCAACUGAAAUUGUUGCUAAAGCUUUGCUAUGUUUCAAUGAUAAAUAUAUUUACAUCAACUGUGAAGAAUCAUACAGACUGAAUGAGAGCGGAGAUCUGAAUGUCCCAUUUGACAAAACCGAUGCAUAUUGCAACGGACCAUGUCUCGAUGAGACACACCUUGUUCUUGACUGCAUAGACAACAUUUUAACCAACUUUUUGUUCUAUAACAAGGCCACCAUACAAGAUAUUAGAGAUACUAUCCAGGCAGGGUGUGGCACCGGCUCGGAAAGAGGAAAGUUCAAUGUGGCUGAGCAUCUUAAAGCUGAGGCAAAUAACGCAAACCAGAUUGUGGUUGGGCCUGGGUUGAUGGUGAUCUUGGGACUUGGUGUAUUGCUUUGAUAUGUAUAAUGUAUACUAAAAUACUUGUAUGAUUUUCUUAUUCUUGUGUGUAAAACUUACUACCAUACGCAGUGUAUUUUGUCAGCAAUAUUGUGGUGAGGCUUGUAAAAAGCAAAUAUAUGCUGUUUGGGAACUUAGAAAUUGGGACAAGACAAAGAUUUUCUGUUCAUUAUGAAUAGGAAAAUGGAAGAUUAUGAAAUUGCGAAAUAUGUUACCGAAAUAGUUCAUUUCUUUAGUC